AGGAGCGAAGCAUCUCAUUAACCCUCUGCUUUUCGACUGCGAGUAUCCACUCCGCUUUUCCUUUGCUUUCCUUUCCUUUCCUCAUAUCAUCUCCUCUUUAUUCCUUGCAAAUCACAAUAAAUUAAUAAUUGCGCGUUUUUACCUCUUUGUGAUCGAAAAAACCAGCCCAAAGUUAAGCAUCUUUCCUCCGUCGUCAUCCCUUGAUCAGUUGCCAAAUUGCGUGGGUCUUGUCUCCUUUCGCUUGCUAAUGUUCGCCCGCUGUGUUGGACGCUAAGUGCAUUUUUACAGACGUCUCAUAGGUUUCGCGCAUUUGGGUUCUGCUGGUCCAUUGCAGACGAGUCACGACUCUGUUGAUUUUGAUUUCACUUUCACUGGUUCUUGUGAGAUUUACGGGGAACCCUAGAAGCUGUCAACAAACAAUUUAGCCAUGUUCCAUCCCUGAGUAAUUUACAACUCCGCAUGCGUUGAGUGUUUUAGAACAAGCGACAUCGAGUCGGGAGGACGAAAGAAGCAGCGGAAACAGUAGCGUCAUUGAUUAUAGCAGAGGGAAAAAAAUUGCCCCAUGCAUUUCUCAACAGUGCCUUCAUCAGAUUCCUGGCAGCCCGUUUUGACGGCUGAUUCUACGGACGCAUACUAUUGGUUGAACUGGAGAGUUUUGCUAUGUGCUAUUUGGGUGUUAUCUUCCAUGAUCAUUGCAUCCAUUUUGAUAUGGAAGUUUGAAGGUUCGAACACAGAGACAGAAGGAUCCUCGCCAGAGAGCCACUAUCCUUUGUACGAGGAUGAGCUAUGGAGACCUUGCCUCACAGAGGUCCAUCCUGUUUGGUUGCUGGUUUUUCGACUUAUAGCCUUCGCCAUACUUCUGGCAUUUCUUAUCAUCAAUGUCGCUGUGGACGGAGGGGGCAUCUUUUAUUACUAUACCCAGUGGACAUUCAUUUUGGUCACCAUUUAUUUUUUGCUUGGCUCAGUGCUGUCUGUCUAUGGGUGCAAUAAGUAUCUUCGUAAAGUUACUGAGGAUAAAGUUGCCGUCACAAGGUCAGAUGCAGAGCAUGGAACAUAUGCAGCUCCUGUGAAUGGUGCGAAUGGAAUUAUUCAGCAGUCUGGUGUGCGUGCAGCUGCCUUUUGGGGUAAUUUGUUUCAAGUAAUCUUUCAGACAAGUGCAGGUGCCGUAAUGCUCACCGAUUGUGUCUUUUGGCUCAUCAUAUUUCCGUUUCUGGCCAUCAGAGAUUAUAAUCUGAAUUUCGUACUGAUUUGUAUGCACUCGCUCAAUGCAGUUUUCCUUCUUGGUGACAUUGCCCUGAAUAGCUUGAGUUUCCCCUGGUUCCGGAUUGCAUACUUCCUACUUUGGACUGCAAUCUAUGUCAUAUUCCAGUGGGUGAUCCAUGCAUGUGUGGAUAUCUGGUGGCCAUACCCAUUUCUUGACCUGUCCUCCACUUAUGCACCUAUAUGGUAUUUCGUGGUGGCGGUGAUGCAUAUCCCUUGCUAUGCUGCAUUUCCUUUAAUUAUAAAGAUGAAGCACAUUCUACUCUCCAGAUGGUUUCCUCUGUCCUAUUCUCCAACGAAGUAGCUGCCUACUAAACAACUAGCGGCCGAUGAGAGUACAAGAAGUAGUUCUUCCGUAAAGAUCGUGGCCAAUUGCUAAACCGGAAACUAACGUCGGGAGGAGCUUCAUCUGAGUGGGAGACACUUUGGGUUAUUACCACACGGAAAUGACACUGACAUUAUCAGGGCUCGAGAAAAUAGAUGAAGAUUGGCUCCUUAUACUGUUGUGAAUUUUGCUUUUGGAUAUGCUGUAAAUUUUAUAGACACAUCAAGCAUUCAUAUUCAUUCUUUCAAUAAAUCUUUCAUAUCAAAAUUUUCCCUCC